UGUGUAGGGUUUUGUAAGGACUUUGACUUUUAUGUGACGUGAAGAUUUCUUGGAGGAUUUUGAGAAAAGGAAUGGCGUAACCUGACACAUUUUAAAAGCAUCACUCAGACUCUUCUUUUGAGAAAGGACUGUAGGGGAGGGAAAGUGACAGGAGGGGCGAAAUGAAUGUCAUGAACCAGGGUGGUUCUAGUGGAGGUGGUAAGAAGUGAUCAGAUUCUUUCUACGAUUGAAUAAAAGGCAUGAGAGAAAGAGAAGAGUCUUGGAUGACUCCAAGAUUUUUUAACCAAGUGACUGGAAGGAUGGAGUUACCAUCAGUUGAGAUGGGACAGACUUCAGGUGGAGCAAGUUUGAAGGGUAAGAUCAAGACUUCAGUAACGGAAUGUUAUGUUAAGUUUGAGAUGCUUACUCGUCAUCAUGUUGUCAGGUAGUCAGUUGGGAUGUGUGAUUCUGCAGCAGGAGAGAGAGAUGUGGGCUAGAGAGCAAAACUAGAGAGUCAUCAGCAAACGGAUAGUAUUUGAAACCAUUAUAAUGAGUGUUGAUAAAGAACUGAAAAAUAGAAGAGGAUGAAGGACUGAACCCUGGAGCAGUCCCACAUGAAGAGCUGGAGAGAAAAGGAGGACCUAGUAAAGGAAAAUGAGAAGUGAAUGUUCAGGAGCAAAGCACUUGAUGAAGUGAAGUGUGGAUCCUUUGAAAAAGGCAGAUGCAUGAAGUCUGAAGCAGUGAAUAAUGAUGAGGUGGAGCUUGUCCGAACUGGCUAUGGGAAGGAUAUGGUAAAAAUUCUCCAUAUUCAGCGAGAUGGAAAAUAUCACAGCAUUAAAGAAGUGGCAACUUCAGUGCAACUUACUCUGAGCUCCAAAAAAGAUUACCUGCAUGGAGACAAUUCAGACCUCAUCCCUACAGACACCAUCAAGAACACAGUUCAUGUCCUGGCAAAGUUCAAAGGCAUCAAAAGCAUAGAAACGUUUGCUGUGAAUAUCUGUGAGCAUUUCCUUUCUUCUUUUAACCAUGUUAUUCGAGUUCAAGUCUAUGUGGAAGAAGUCCCUUGGAAACGUUUUGAAAAGAAUGGAGUUAAGCAUGUCCAUGCAUUUAUUCAUACUCCCACUGGAACGCACUUCUGUGAGGUUGAACAGUUGAGGAGUGGAUCUCCAGUCAUUAAUUCUGGAAUCAAAGACCUCAAAGUCCUGAAAACAACCCAGUCCGGAUUUGAAGGAUUCAUCAGGGACCAGUUCACCACCCUCCCUGAGGUGAAGGACCGGUGCUUUGCCACCCAAGUGUACUGCAAGUGGCGCUACCACCAGGGCAGAGACGUGGACUUUGAGGCCACCUGGGACACUGUUAGGGACGUUGUCCUGAAGAAAUUUGCUGGACCCCAUGACAAAGGCGAGUACUCGCCCUCUAUCCAGAAGACCCUCUACGACAUCCAGAUGCUCUCCCUGAGCCAGGUUCCUGAGAUAGAAACUAUGGAAAUCAGCCUGCCAAACAUUCACUACUUUAACAUAGACAUGUCCAAAAUGGGACUGAUCAACAGGGAAGAGGUCUUGCUACCAUUAGACAAUCCAUAUGGCAGAAUUACUGGUACGGUCAAGAGGAAGCUGACUUCAAAGCUGUAACAUUGUGGCCACCAGUGGGAGUCCAUUCUCAGUUGAGGCAUUCCUUAAGCCACUUGUGAUGCUGGAAAUCAUAGUGUGUAGCCAUGCAAAAUUUCAACCUAGUAUGUUGAUUUAUAGUGUUCAUUUUGCGCCUACAUGAAAGAAUUCUUCUACACCUAGCUCAGCAAAGUGUUCCAGAAUUAGUAAUUAUAACAUGCUUUGUGGACACAGUUUACUUCACAAAUGCUGAGCAGUAUUAGAAUAAUCAUAAAUCAAUAUUUCAUUUCAGUGGUCUUGUUCCUUCCUAUCUCAGAGAAGCUUUAGAAUCCAUUCAUUAAGAAGAUAAUCAUGAAUCAAUGGAGGUGUGAUACCAGUUAAUUUUGUGCGCAAAUUUAAGAAGUCAGCAUUGUUUUCAUCCUACUGAUGCUAAAACUUGCUCCUUGGUAAUGCAGAAAAUGUAAUGAUAAUAUAUUUUGAAAAAUAUCACCAUUGUGACUUCAAUUAGACUAAAUACUUGAGUUCCUAAGAAUGCUCUAGCAUAUGUAUCAUUGGGAGUAUAUUUCCACUCUAAAAGUACUUUUGUAAUCUUAAUGUAUUGGUUUUAUGACUUUUACAACCCUUAAAGAAUAUUUAGUAUACACUGAGGCACUGAAAAAAAGUGUAAAUGGUUUUUCUUUGAAUAAUGCAUCACUUUGGCACAAAGAGCCACGUUUAUUAAGUGGUAAGUCAAUACCCAGGUGGUUGAAUAUACAUAUAGAAAGACUAGAGACUAUAUUUAUGAAAAUAUCAGCAAUGAUGAUUUCUGGAUGGUGGGAUUACGAGUGAUUUUUAUUUUUUUUGUCAUGUGAUUUUCUGAAUCUUCCAGAUAUGAACAUUUAUUACUUUUAUAAUCAGGGAAAUAAAUUUAACUGAUGAUUUAAAGAUGUA